AUGACAGAUCCAAUCCCAACCCGCCAACUACACCUAACAGCCUUCAUGCGCCCAGUCUCCCUACACACAGGAGCAUGGCGCUAUCCAAACUCCUACCCAGACGCCAACUUCAACCUGAAACACAUCACGCACUUCGCGCAAAAGCUUGAAGCCGCCAAAUUCGACGCCUUCUUCAUGGCCGACCAUCUAGCCGUGCUAAACAUGCCCGUCGAAGCCCUCAAGCGCAGCCACACAGUCACAUCCUUCGAGCCCUUCACCCUCCUCUCGGCAUUAUCCGCCGUAACCGAGAAGAUUGGGCUCGCCGCAACAGCCAGCACGACCUACGAUGCUCCGUACCAUGUGGCCCGCCGCUUCGCCAGUCUGGACCAUCUGAGCAAUGGACGCGCCGCGUGGAAUAUCGUCACGACUGGCAACCCGGAAUCAAGCCAUAACUUCGGUUUCGAUGAGCAUAUGACGCAUAGUGAUCGGUACAAGCGGGCCCGGGAGUUCUACGAUGUGGUCACGGGGCUCUGGGAUAGUUUUGCUGAUGAUGCUUUCACGCGGGAUGUUGGGACGGGAGAGUUUUUUGAUCCGGCCAAGAUGCAUGUUUUGAAUCAUGUUGGGGAAGAGUUGAAGACGCGUGGACCGUUGAAUAUUGCUCGGCCGCCGCAGGGCUGGCCUGUUAUUGUCCAGGCUGGUCAGAGUGAGCCUGGGAAGCAGCUUGCUGCUGAGACUGCUGAGGUUGUGUUUUGUAGUCCUAAGGAUAUUGAGGGGGCAAAGGUGCUCUAUGCUGAUAUCAAGGGACGGGUUGUGAGGGCUGGACGGGAGAGGGAUCAUUUGAAGAUUCUACCGGCUGCGUUGAUUAUUGUUGGGGAUAGUAAGGAGGACGCGCAGGCGAAGAGGUUGGCGUUGGAUAGUCUGGUGCAUUAUGAUAGUGCGCUUGCUUCUUUGUCUAUUUCGCUUGGGGUGGAUGUGAGUGCUUUUGACCCCGAUGGGCCUUUGCCGGCUGAUCUGCCUGAGACAAACGCGAGCAAGACUAGCAGGGAGGGGGUUGAGUUGUUGGCGAAGAAGGAGGGUUUGACUAUUCGCCAACUUGCGCAGCGUUAUGGUGGUUAUUCUGGGCUGGCUUUCCUUGGCUCACCGAGUGAUAUCGCUGAUGAGAUGGAGACUUGGCUAAGGGAAGAGGCGUCGGAUGGUUUCACUUGCACGUUCCCAUUCUUGCCUCAGGGUCUGGAAGACGUGACGGAUAGGCUUGUUCCAGAGCUUCAGCGAAGAGGUCUGUUCCGCAAUGACUAUACGGGUUCGACGCUGCGUGAACACUUCGGUCUGCCGAGACCGGAGAACCGCUUCUUCAGUGAAGCAUGA